AACGCAAAACGAACCGCGGGCGAACGAAAUCCCGACGCUCCCUAACGCGAGCCAUCUGUCCGUAAAGCCCCGCCCGCGUUUCGCUUAUGAACAGCAGACAGCAGGGCGCCUGGAAACAGGUUUGAACAGCUCACAGAAACUCUGACACGACACAGCGCAACUCUUUAUUCGCCUCUCAGACGCUCGUGUGAUUUUCUUCACGCGCUCCGCGAUCCGCGUCCGGUGCGCCGCUGCACUUUCCCAAAAGUUUCCGUGGACCGAUUUGACAGGAUAAAUCGACAAAGGGAGUUGGAGGGGAAGACUAGCGCUGGCUGGCGAGCUGGCUGUGAGGAGACAAACCGCAGAAGGAAAGUAUGGCCGCGCACGGUGCGUCCGCGCUCUUCCUGCUCGCCUUUGGGAUACUGGAAGCGAGCGCGCAGUACGGAGAGCGCGGCAUGUCGGUUCCCGAGCACGGCUUCUGCCAGCCCAUCACCAUCCCUCUGUGCACGGACAUCGCGUACAACGAGACCAUCAUGCCCAACCUCCUCGGCCACACGAACCAGGAGGACGCGGGGCUGGAGGUGCACCAGUUCUACCCGCUCGUUAAAGUGCAAUGCUCGCCGGACCUCAAGUUCUUCCUGUGCUCCAUGUACGCGCCGGUUUGCACGGUGCUGGAGCAAGCGCUGCCGCCGUGCCGUUCGCUGUGCGAGCGUGCGCGCCAAGGCUGCGAGGCGCUUAUGAAUAAAUUCGGUUUCCAGUGGCCAGAGAGUCUCGCCUGCGAGUCGUUCCCGGUGCACGGCGGAGAGCUUUGCGUGGGGCAGAACACGUCUGAGCGGAGCGCACCGGUCAACCCGACUCCAGAGGUGACCCAAGCUACACCCGAGCAUCCCAGGAAGGGGCGUUUUAGAUGCCCAACUUCGCUUAAAGUCCCACCGUACCUAAACUACCGCUUUAUGGGCGAGGAAAACUGCGGCGCGCCGUGCGAACCCAAGAAACUCCACGGGAUGAUGUACUUCAGCGAGGAUGAGCAGAAGUUUGCGCGCAUUUGGAUCGGGAUUUGGUCGGUUUUGUGUUGCGCGUCUACUUUAUUCACCGUCUUGACUUAUUUAGUGGACAUGAAGCGCUUUAGUUACCCGGAAAGACCCAUUAUAUUCCUUUCCGGGUGUUAUACGAUGGUGUCUAUCGCUUACAUCGCCGGAUUUCUGCUGGAGGACAAAGUGGUUUGCAAUGAGCAGUUCGAGAAUGAGUUUAGGACAGUGGUGCAAGGCACCAAAAAGGAAGGUUGCACCAUUCUGUUCAUGAUGUUGUACUUCUUCAGCAUGGCCAGCUCUAUCUGGUGGGUCAUCCUAGCGCUCACUUGGUUCCUCGCAGCCGGGAUGAAAUGGGGUCAUGAGGCUAUUGAAGCGAAUUCGCAAUAUUUCCAUUUAGCAGCGUGGGCAGUGCCAGCCAUCAAGACCAUCACCAUCCUCGCCGUGGGUCAAGUUGAUGGAGAUGUGCUCAGCGGCGUUUGCUAUGUGGGCAUCAACAGCGUUGACGCGUUGCGCGGAUUCGUCUUGGCGCCGCUCUUCGUCUAUCUGUUCAUCGGUACCUCGUUCCUCCUGGCGGGCUUCGUGUCUCUGUUCCGCAUCAGGACCAUUAUGAAGCACGAUGGCACCAAAACGGAGAAGCUGGAGAAGCUGAUGGUGCGCAUUGGCAUUUUCAGCGUCCUCUACACAGUUCCAGCCACCGUCGUGAUAGCGUCCUAUUUCUACGAACAGGCCUUUCGGGAUCAGUGGGAACAGACGUGGAGCGCUCAAACGUGCAAAACGUACGCGGUGCCUUGUCCCGUGCACAACCCGCAGAUGAACCCGGAUUUCACGGUGUUCAUGAUCAAGUACCUGAUGACCCUGAUCGUGGGCAUCACGUCUGGAUUCUGGAUAUGGUCUGGAAAGACGCUUAACUCGUGGAGGAAGUUCUACACGAGACUGGCGAACAACAAACAAGGAGAAACAACAGUGUGAUUUAACUGCUUUUUAUUAUUCGCUUUUUCUGAUGGAGAAAACAACUGUUUAAAGGACGCCCUUCGCGUUGUACAUAAACUUUGUGAUUUUUUGUAAGUAUAUAUUUGUAUUUAAAUCUCACCUGGAUGUUCUUUUUUUAAUCAAAGGAACUUUUUUUGGACAAGCCGUAUCGUUUUGGAGAUUAUUUAUGCCUUUUCUCUUGGAUUAUUCUGGGUGGGGAUCUGUUUUUUUUAUGCCUGUAUGUAAAACUGUGUCUUUUUAUCGACAUCAGUAUUUCCACGGGCAAAUAUUCAAACUUUUUACAUGCAAAUAAUGCAGAAAUAAUAAUAACAAUAAUGUGUGUGAAUUGUGCACCCAGCACUUAAGGCUGCGUAUCAUGGGAAGAAUUGAGCUUUAAAUUAAAGCUUUGGGACUGAGAUCAGAUUAAUUGUUUUAUGGAGGCUGAGACUAGGAGCUAGAACAAAAACUUUAAGUACCCAUGGUUGAUAUGUGCUUAACCCAGCCUAAACCGGUUUGCUGGUCUCCUGGCCUGUCCUGGCCUUGGACAGCAGCAAUCUCAGGCUGUUUUAAGAUGUUUUUUAAGAUGUAAAGUUAAGUGCCUUUUUCAAUUCGGAGCAGCAUUGGGGUCAGGCCUGCUCCUGUGUUCAACUCAAAGAAAUGUAUACAUGUUUUUCUUCAGUCUGUAAUGAACUUUGGUGAUGUUUCUGAAGGGUUUGUGUUCUCCUUUGGCUCUUUUGCACAAAAGUACCUCUAAACAUACAGCUAGAACAGGAUGGACGGUGUUUGCAAUGCACUUCUCAAAUAUUUUAAUGUCUGUGUUGGUGUUGUAACUAAUCCAUGAUGUGAAAAUCGGGAUGUAGACUUUCUGAUGGACAUGUGUAGAGGUAAACCGAUAUAUCGGCCUUUAUUUGGCCCUUUUGAGAUGAUCAGCAGCGAUAACCACAUCUGCUUGUUCUGUGUAUCAUUUCCAAAAUCUACCAGCAGGCCUCUUGAUCGAUAAUGCAAUUGACUUUUCAGAUCAUUUUAUUGAUUUUUAACAGUGCUGUCAAAUGAUUAAUUGCGAUUAAUCGCAUCCUAAAUAAGUUUUUGCUUUCAUAAUAGAUGUGUGUGUAUGGUGUAUAUUUAUGUAGAAAUGUAUGAAUACACACACAUACAGUAUAAAUUUUGGGUGACACUUUAUUUUAGGGUCUCUUAACUAGUUGCUUCUUAGCAUGCAUAUUACUAGAAUAUUAGCCAUUUAUUAGUAGUAAUUAAGCACAUAUUAAUGCCUUAUUCUAUACGACCUUAUUCUACAUCCCUAAUCCUACCCAAUACCUAAACUUAACAACUACCGCACUAACUAUUAAUAAGCAACAAAUGAGGAAUUUAUUGAGGGAAAAGUCGUAAUUAAUAGUGAAUAAGUGUUACUAAAUUCUGAAAAUAUUUACAUGUAUAUAUUCAUAUAAUUUACAUUAUAUAUAAAUAUAGUUCAUAUAUAUAUAUAUAUAUAUAUAUACACACAAAACAUUUUUCUUAAAUAUAUACAUGCAUGUGUGUGUGUAUUUAUACAUAAUAAAUAUACACAGUUCACACACAUAUAUUAUGUAAUCAAAAACCUUUUAUUUUGGAUGUGAUUAAUCGUUUGACAGCACAAAUUUUUUAAGUAAUAUCGGUCUGUGCUCUGGUUAUCGGUAUCAACAUAAGUUAUUAAAAAACCCAAAUUACUCAAACAGUUUAAUGCCUGUGUUGGUAUAUAUACUAAUCCAUGAACGUGAUGUGAAAAUUGAGAUGUAGAAUUUCUGAUGCAUAUGUGUAGCGGUAAACCGAUAUAUCGGACGACCGAUAUUUGGCCCUUUUGAAAUGAUCAGCAGCGAUAAUCAUGUCCGCUUGUCUUGUGUAUCAUUUCCAAAAUCUACCAGCAAGUCUGUUAAUGGAUAAUGCAAUUUGUUUUCAGACAUUUGAACUGAUUUUUAAGUUGUAUAUCGGUCUGCGCUGUGGUUAUUGGUAUCAACAUCAGCUAAUGAAACCCCCACGUCAAGCACUACAUAAGAGUAAUUCACAUCAUCCUGUUCAUAAUUCUUCAGGGUGCUUUUUUAAAAGAUGCCCUUUACUGAACAUCAGAUAAUGUUGAUUCUUGAUUGUUUAUGGUGAUUAUCUCAUGCAAAUGAAUGUUUUUGUUUUCCCAAAGGAAUCUCUGUUUAAGGUGAUUACAGAAAGCACUGGUAGAUAGAGGCCUGCUCUUAAACUCCUGUUCUUGUGAGAUGCGUUUGCAUGGAUCUGAGAUGUAUUUAAUCACGCUAGCAUUGAAGCCUAUAUUAUGGUUUUCUACACCGGUGACAUCUGUUACUUUCUUCUUUCUCAUACUUCUGCUUGUGAUACUAUUAAAAACCCUUUAUAUUUAUAGACAAUAGUUUAUAUAUUAUUCACUUCUUUAAAGAAUAAACUUCACAUUUGUACAAAAUGUUCUUUUGUUAUGGCAAGUGAGUUUGUUUUGAUGGAUGAUUGUUUAUUUUUAAUUAUUCAUUUUGUUAAUACUGUCACUUCGCUUUUCUGCUUAUGUAUAUGAUAUUUGUCAGAUUGAAGCAGACUUUUAAAAAGUGUUUUUAGUAACUUCAGUUUAGCUAAUGCCUACCUAAUGCAUUGGGUUUCAUGAACUAACAAUAGUUUUUAAUGCAUUUAUUAAAGGAAUAGUUCACCCAAAAAUGAAAAUAUCCUGAAGAU